GGGAACAGACCCAUGCAGAUGAUGAAGUGAGGGGCGUGAGCGUGAGACACAAACGUGACCACAGCGGUGUGAGAGCGAGCACGGAGCAGGACAGAGGAGUUCAUAGAGAUUAUAUUUGAAACUGUCCAGAGAGUGAAGCUGGGAGUUUAUCUUAUAGUUUUCAAUCACUCUGAGACUGAUCUGAUUCUUUCCCUGCGAGAUUGAUGCUUGAAUGAUCCGAGGAAGACUGUUUUUUCUUCUUCAUCCAUCAUUGAAAUAAAGGAUAUUGUUGGUUAAACAGAAAAUGACGACCAAUCCGUAUCGAGACUCCGCUCCGUGUGUCACCCAUGAGGAUGUAGAGUGGGAACUUCCUCCACCCAGCAGAUCAGAUGUGAAACCCCAGUAUGUUCAUCAUCUGACCCUGAAUCCUCUGCCUGAGAUCAGCCACUCCGCUCCCAACCACAAAACUGCGAAACAGAGGUGUGUGAAGUUCACUGUGGCUGCGGUCAUUUCUCUGCUGCUCCUUCUGCUGGUCACUGGAGUCCUGCUGGCCUAUUACUUUUCCUCGUCGUGUAUGCACGGGUUACAGUGUGGUGAUGGGAGCUGUGUGUGGGAGGCUCAGUGGUGUGACGGAGUGAGGGACUGUCCCGCUGGUCAGGAUGAAGCCAACUGUGUGAGGCUGCACGGCUCCAGCUUCCUCCUGCAGAUUUACUCUCCUCCGACUAAAACCUGGAGGUCCGUCUGUUCUCACGGCUGGAGCGACCUGCAGGGCGGAGCGAGCUGUCGGACCAUUGGAUACAGCAGGGGCACAUAUUGGAAAUCAGGACAACAGAAGGCUGAUUCUGAUGAUGUAUUCUUGAAAGUGAAACCUGAUUUCCACCCAGAGGUGUUCAUACUCCAACAGCUUGAGCACAGCGACUCCUGUCCCAACAACAGUGUAGUAACCUUGCGUUGCACUGACUGUGGGAGCAGGGUGAACUCCAGCGGGGCCUCGGGGGGCCAGCAGGCCGGCCUCGGGUCCUGGCCCUGGCAGGUCAGCCUGCAGGACUCCGGCUCCCACCGCUGUGGAGGAGCCAUCAUCUCCCCCUACUGGAUAGUGACAGCAGCACACUGUGUGUCCAGGAGCUCCAGUCCUGCAGACUGGACUGUGUACGCUGGAGUAGUGGCUCCAUUAGACUUCCUGUUUAACCCUGCUCGCUCUGUGAGUCGUGUCAUCGCUCAUGAGGGCUACAGCCGCCUCCCUCGCAGGAAUGACGUGGCUCUGAUGAGGCUCAGCAAAGCUCUGGACUUCUCAGGUUCCAGUAACAUCCGUCCUGUCUGUCUCCCGAAUGUUGGUGUGAACGUCUCUGCUCCUCAGGACGCCUGGAUAACACGGUUCGGUCCUACAGCAGCUGGAGACUCUCCACAGCUGAUGGAGGCUCAGGUCUCCCUCAUAGAAACUGCAGAGUGCAACAGCUCCAGCGCCUAUAAUGGCAGAUUAUCACCGGACAUGUUGUGUGCCAGAGAGACGGACGGAGCAGCGGACAUGUGCCACACUGACAGUGGUGGUCCUCUGGUGGCCCUGAGAGACGGGCUAUGGUGGCUCCUAGGGGACAACAUUUGGGGGGAGCACUGCACUGAGAUGAACAAACCAGGGGUUUACGGCAACGUCACCUAUUUUCUGAACUGGAUCCAUCGUCAGAUGAAGGUAGAAACUCGCAAGAGACAUUUUGAUUUCUUAAGGGGAUAAAUCCUGGGACAAUGCAGCAGGUCACAGACAUUAAAGCUACACACAGAUUAGGCUGGUCAGGCCUGUGCUGUGUAAACUAAUGUCUGUAUGGAUGUAUAUGUACAAAUAAUUGGUAGCAGUGGAUUUAAUCUGCCGUGAGGAGCAGCUGCGGUGAGACAGUUUCUCCAUCUGGUGCUGAGUCGUCCAGCUUGACUGAGGCUGGAUGUAAUAAUAUGUACAGCGUGUCUGAAUCACAGCAGGGUGAUGACACAAGGUUUAUCUUAUUUAUUCAGAUGUUAAAGGACUAAUCCAUGUUUGGACAUUAUGUUUAAUUGGGUUUUUGGCCUCCUUUGCUUUAAUGGCAGAGGGAAUUUAACAUAAACCAUGUGAAA